AUGGAUAUUACAGUAAGAGAAAAUGAUUUUAAACAUGGCUUUAUUAAAAGCAAUUCAACAUUUGAUGGUUUAAACUUUGACGAUUCAAAGAAGAAGAAAAAGAUGCAGAGAGGAUUUCAAAUACUAUAUGUACUUCUGUUUUGUAGUGUAAUGUGUGGUUUAUUUUAUUAUGUGUAUGAAAAUGUAUGGCUUCAAAGAGAUAAUGAAAUGAAUGAAAUUUUAAAAAAUUCACAACAUUUAACAAUUGGAUUUAAAGUUGAAAAUGCCCAUGAUAGAAUUAUGAAAACUAUAAAAACCCAUAAAUUAAAAAAUUACAUUAAAGAAUCUGUGAAAUUUCUUAAUUCAGGACUUACCAAAAGAAAUUAUUUAGGUAGUUCAAAUGAUAAUAUCGAAUUAGUAGAUUUCCAAAAUAUAAUGUUUUAUGGUGAUGCAGAAGUUGGAGAUAACCAACAACCAUUUACAUUUAUUCUUGAUACAGGUUCAGCUAAUUUAUGGGUCCCAAGUGUUAAAUGUACAACAGCAGGAUGUUUAACUAAACAUCUUUAUGAUUCAUCUAAAUCAAGAACAUAUGAAAAAGAUGGAACCAAAGUAGAAAUGACUUAUGUUUCUGGAACUGUUAGUGGAUUCUUUAGUAAAGAUUUAGUAACCGUUGGUAAUUUAUCUGUUCCAUAUAAAUUUAUUGAAGUAAUAGAUACUAACGGAUUCGAACCAACAUACACUGCUUCAACAUUUGAUGGUAUCCUUGGUUUAGGAUGGAAAGAUUUAUCAAUCGGUUCAGUAGAUCCAAUUGUUGUUGAAUUGAAAAACCAAAACAAAAUUGAAAAUGCUCUUUUCACCUUUUACUUACCUGUACAUGAUAAACAUACAGGAUUCUUAACCAUUGGUGGUAUUGAAGAAAGAUUUUAUGAUGGACCAUUAACUUAUGAAAAAUUAAACCACGAUUUAUAUUGGCAAAUAACUUUAGAUGCAAAAAUACCAUUCUUACCUUUCUAUGUAACUCUUUGCAACAACAAUAAAUUACCAACCUUCGAAUUCAGUUCAGAAAAUGGUAAAUACACAUUAGAACCCGAAUACUACCUUCAACAUAUAGAAGAUGUUGGUCCAGGAUUAUGUAUGCUUAAUAUCAUAGGAUUAGAUUUCCUAAUUCCAACCUUUAUUUUAGGUGACCCAUUCAUGAGAAAAUAUUUUACCGUCUUUGAUUAUGAUAAUCACAGUGUUGGUAUUGCUCUUGCUAAAAAGAAUUUAUAA